AUGAAUUCUCCCACGUUAAGGCCAGAACAACUUUCACCGAAGCUUUCACCAAUGACAUUCAGCCUUGAUGAUCCCAAUAAUACGAGUUCUAGUGUGAAUAAUUUUCACCAUCUUUUGGCAUCACCGACAAAAAUAAGUCUUGAUGGUAGCUCUAAUGGUAAUAAUAGUAGUGGUGCUGGUAAUUCACUAAUAUAUCGAACAUCGCUAUCCAAAUUGAGUGAGCUUUCAAGAAGAGGGAGGUCGAGACAGAGGUCCAAUUCUGAUACUUUUCGGGCAGCAUCGCCGACGAGAUUACAAUUCUUCAGCAAUGCUCCUAAGAUGUUAAAACCUGAAUACGUUUCUCAACAACCUUCUGGGAUGCCACUUUUAUCAGCACUGAUUGGUAAUGGUACGACAGGUUCACAUACUAGCAGGUUAGGUAUAAAAGAAACUUUGGAAAUGUUUCAUAGAGGUUUAUCGAAUGAUAGUUGUCCGCCUCAAGAGCAAGAAAAGCAACAGCGGCAGCGGCACGCACAACAAUCUCAAUCACAACCGUCACAACAGAGUAAUGGAAGUGAUCGACAGUCGAGUGAAGCCACUUUAAACGAAGAAGCAGAUAAGCAAUUUCGAUUUCAAGGCGAGACUGAUAAUAACAACAAUAAUAGUAAUAAUAAUAAUAAUAGUAAUAACGACAAUCAUGCAAACGAAAGCAAUAACGAUAAAUUACACAUUCAAAAUCAAAAUCAAAAUCAAGGGGAUAUAACGACUACGGCAACGACAACAACAACAGCAGCAGAUGUAGAUGGAACUUUGAAAGGGAACCCAAGUAGUCCGCGUGAGAAUCCAGGGACACGAAUGGCUUCAAAUAGUUCAGUUGCAUCAUCUACGAUGACUGUUAAUUUUAACGAUAUGUCCAAAGAAAUGGAAUUAGAUUCAUUACCAACUGAUAAAAAUGGAUUUGUUGAAUUGGUAGAUGGGAAAUCAAAUAGAUGUAGUUUCAUAUCAUCAAGCUCAACAGAUAUUGAUGCAGAUUGGUAUAAUCAUCAGCACAUCCAUAUUAGUGAGGAAACAGCCAAGUUAGACUAUAGGAUCAAACAAUUAGAAAUAGAAAUCGACGAAUUAAAGCUCCAAAACGAAAAACUGAUUAGGUCUAUUACAACAAGUCGUACAGUGGAAGAUAAAUUUAUGUUAGAUGCAUUGAAGGAAAUUAGGUUUUCUAAACAAAAAGCUCAAAGAAGUAUGGAAAGAAAAGUUGAACAAUUAGAACGAAAAGUGGAAAACUAUAGAAAAGCCCUGGGAACAAUCGGUGAUGGCCCAUUACGGCCACAAGCCCAUCCCCCAUUGCCGUAUGGUCAAAUUAGUGCAUGUUUAGAGUCGCCGAGAAGACAGAAUCAUAAAAGAAGAAUAGCUCGUAUUUCAAGUAUGGAAUUGAGGAAAAUUGAGGAACAUUCAGAUUCUUCCUCUUCUCCACCAUCCUCUUCACCAGCAUCAGAUGAAGACGAUGAAGCUGAAAAUACAUUUGAAGAGCAAAUCUCAGUCGAUGAAACUAUGAUGAUCCCAGAUGAAAAUGAUCCUUCGAAUAACAAUAUAAGGAGAAUCGGUGGGCUCCAAUUAAAUAUUCAAUUGGAAAUGCAAAAAAAUAACAAUCAAAACUGA